AUGAAAAGUUCAAUAAAUUUACAUUCUCAUACAAUUGAUUUAUCUACAUUGGAAGAAUUAAGAGACCCUAACUUGAUAAGUAGAUAUCCACCAUUAUUUCAACGGAAACAGAACUUAAUUGCCUUGGAUAAUUCAACCAAAUCAAUCAAGAGGUCCAAAACUGUUUCAACCCCAAUUACAACAAAUAAUAGAGUCACCAACUUGACACCCAUAGUUUCAGCACCUACUUCAAAUUAUUAUCAAGUGCAAUCCACACAUACUUUAAAUAGAAGACCUUGUGUGGAAUCAAAAGAAUCAAUUUCCAACAAGAGACAUCGGUUUGUUAAAUUUUGGAAAAAUAUUUCAGCAAAAUCCAAUAAAAUGUCACGACAUGAAUGUUUAAUACAAUCAAUUAGUAAACCGGUGGAUUAUUAUUGUCAGCAACAGCAACAACAUCAGCCAGCUCUUAGUCCUGAUACAUGUGGUUCCAUAUUUUUGAAUAGUCUAUAUCCGUCAAAAUCAAGAAACACAAUUAAUAUAAAACCAGAUGAUUGCAUGUCAUAUGAAGAUGGAAGAGGUUAUGAUAUGAACAACAGUACUAGCAACGACAAUGACGGUGUGGACAAUUUGAAUUAUCAUGAUAGUGAAUUUGAUUUAUCUCGAAGAAAUACAUAUAUAUCACAAAUGAAAUUUCAACAAAUGUCUCCACCACAAGAAUUAUCUGCUGUUAAUUCUAUUGUUAUUCCUCCUGUGGGUGGAAGUAAUCAAAUUGAUAAUCCUGAAGAAUUUGCCAGUCCAAUAAUUCAUCCAAAUAUUCAUCUUGAACAACAACGACAGCAACAUGAAGAAGAGCUAUCAAAGAAUAAGAAUAAUAAUUUCAUUAACAAAUACAAACAUGACCCAAAAUUUAAUUCUGGACAUACAAGAAUACCUCAUCAUUCAACUAUUUCAUUUGCAAAAUAUGAUUUAAUGAAUUUAGAUACAAGUGCAAUGUCUCCUAUUGAAACUCCAGGUGACGAUGAUGAUGAAGAAGAAGAAGAAUUGAUUACACUCAAUCGAGGGGAUUUUAUAUUACCCAAUUCAUCAUUUUUCAUUCCUACAACAACAACUUCUAUAGUUAACAGUGAUACUGAUUCUCAUGAAAGUUAUUAUAGUUUUUCUAAAUCUCCUGAAACAACAACAACAACAAAUAAUAAUAACAAUAAUAACUAUCAUUCCAUGUCAACAAUUGUUAGAGGGGAACAUGUGAGGUGUUGA